UAAUUGUGCACAGGAUAAAAUGCCUCGGGAUAACGUUUUUGUAAGUACGGCUCUGGGUACGAUCAUUUAAUUCAUGUGAGAGACAUGAAUGACUGCUGAUUGGUCAAUUUCAAGUGUAGUUGUACUAUGUUACUAUGAAUACUAUUCACAACUUUCACUAUAUCCUUCACAUGAGUGUGCACAAAUCUUUUUUAAAAAAAAGAAUUUUCUUUCACGGGAAAAUGGAAAAUUUACCAAAAUUCGGAAAUUUUUUAAUGGAAAAUAAUUUUUCGCAGGGAGCAUCCAAGCACAAUAAAGAAACGAUUUUUUAGUUGUUUUGUUAUGACACUAAUUUCUCCAGCCUCACUGUACUUUGGCCUAAGUGAAAAAGUUUUUCAAUCGGCAACGAUAUGGGAAUUAUUGGGUCUGAGAUGGCCUGGUUUUAUUCAAGCAAUCAUUCUGCCUCUGUGUCUCACGAUGAUUUUAUUUUUAGGACCGCUCAGCUUGCAAGUCAUUAAUGGAAUUUGGAAAUUAUACGCAGAGCCAAUGUACUGGUUGGGAAGUGCGAGGACGUUAAUUUGGUGGAGGAAUCAAGUGAUCGCUCCCCUUUCAGAAGAAUGGACUUUUAGGGCGUGUAUGCUCCCACUGCUUUUGCAGUGUUUUUCCCCAACGACGGCAAUUUUCAUAUGUCCAUUAUUUUUUGGAGUCGCACAUUUUCAUCACGUUCACGAGAGAAUAAAAAUGGGAAUGGAAGUCAAACACGCCCUCAUCGUAUCCUGUUUCCAAUUUUCGUACACAACACUUUUUGGCGCUUACGCCGCAUUCCUCUUCUUUAAAACCGGACACUUUGUGGCGCCGUUCGCCGCCCAUUCGUUCUGCAAUCACAUGGGAUUUCCGGAUUUAUCGGAAGUCGCAACUUACGAGGGUCCAUGGAAACGAGCAGGACUUAUGUCCUUAUUUGUUCUAGGACUCAUUGCCUGGUGUUUCUUCUUAACGCCAAUGACGAAUCCAUCUUUUUUUAGUAAUAAUUUAUUUUGGCACAAACAACUCGUUUGAAAAAUACUUUUAUCGCACUCGUAUUUUUCAAAAUGAGAAAUUAUUAUUUUAAUAGAAUAAUACUCGUAAUUUUCUUUU